UGCAAAGCGCAUGCGCACAGUGUGGACAGCUGAUAACUCAUCUAUUAUGCUACUUGGCUGUUAAAUAAAAAUCCAUCAGAGGAGCUUCUGGAUCCGCCGCUGGACCACCGGAGCGCCGAAAAUACAAAGUCGUGUGAUGGGACUCAUUCUCUCUAGGGGGUCCUCUGAGCUGAAGCUCCUCAACUGAACACACACCUGAGCGCCUCACACACACACACACCUGUGAGCCGCGUUUUCCUACCUCCAGGCCAGACGCUGCUGUUCCAAGGUGCAUUGCUGCAUCGUCCACCAUGUCGGACGCCCCCGAGGCUGCGCCCGCCAGCCCCCCACCCAUCACCAACCCACCCCCCCCUGAGGUGUCCAACCCCAACAAGCCUGGCAGGAAAACCAACCAGCUCCAGUACAUGCAGAACGUUGUGGUAAAGACUCUGUGGAAGCAUCAGUUCGCCUGGCCUUUCUACCAGCCGGUGGACGCCAUCAAGCUGUGUCUCUGGGACUACCACAAGGUGAUCAAGAACCCCAUGGACAUGGGAACCAUCAAGAAGCGUCUGGAGAACAACUACUACUGGAGUGCCAGUGAGGCCAUGCAGGACUUCAACACCAUGUUCACCAACUGCUACAUCUACAACAAGCCCACAGACGACAUCGUUCUGAUGGCUCAGGCCCUGGAGAAAAUCUUCCUGCAGAAAGUGGCUCAGAUGCCCCAGGAGGAGGUUGCUCUGCUGCCGCCGGCGCCCAAAGUGAAGAAGAGCAAGCAGCCGCCAGCCACCACAGUGAGCCAGCAGGCCGAGUCCUCCGCCUCCUCGCCGCCAUCCUACCCCUCCCCUUCGCCCUCCCAGACACCUGUCAUCUCGACCACACCCACACCUGUGCCCGCCACGCCCCCUGUGCCCGCCACGCAGCCCCCGGCAGCCAUGAUGCCCUCUGCACAGCCGGUCGUUAAGCAGAAGAAGGGCGUGAAGAGGAAAGCGGACACCACCACCCCGACCACGUCGGCCAUCUCUGCUGGCCGCGCCGACUCCCCGUCCGCCCAGGACGCCAAGCCGCCCAAGCUGGCCUCCUCCCGCCGAGAGGCUGCCGCCCGGCCCGCCAAGACCCGCCGCGAGACGGUGGAGGAGGCGGCAGGGGCCGAGGUGGCGCUGGGCGGGGCGGGGGCCGGCGCCCGGAAGGCCGGCAAGCUGGGGGAGCAGAUGAAGCACUGCGACGCCAUCUUGAAGGAGAUGCUGUCCAAGAAGCACGCCGCCUACGCCUGGCCCUUCUACAAGCCGGUCGAUGCCGAGGCGCUGGAGCUGCACGACUACCAUGACAUCAUCAAGCACCCCAUGGACCUCAGCACCGUCCGGAAAAAAAUGGACAAAGGAGAAUACAGCGACCCGCAGAGCUUUGCCACGGACGUCAGGUUAAUGUUCUCCAACUGUUACAAGUACAACCCCCCCGACCACGAGGUGGUGGCCAUGGCCCGCAAGCUGCAGGACGUGUUCGAGAUGCGCUUUGCCAAGAUCCCAGACGAGGGCCUGGAGGUGUCGGUCCCGUCCACCACGCCGGUGGUCAGUAAAAGCACCGCCUCCUCCGACAGCAGCAACAACUCCUCCUCCGACGAAUCGUCGGACUCCGAGGAGGAGCGAGCCACCCGACUGGCCGAGCUACAGGAGCAGCUGAAGGCCGUGCACGAGCAGCUGGCCGUGCUGUCGCAGGCGCCCGUCAGCAAGCCAAAGAAGAAGAAAGAGAAGAAGGACAAAGAGAAGAAGAAAGACAAGGACAAAGGGAACAAAGCCAAGAUAGAAGAAGAGAAGAAACCCAAGGCCGCCGCUCAGCAACCCAAGCCAGCCAAUCAGAAGAAAGCACCAGCCAGGAAAGCCAACAGCACGGUACCGGCCACCAGGCAACCGAAGAAAGCCAACAAGACGUCAGGCGGCGGAUCGGCCAACGGCGACGACGGCGAGGAGUCGUCCCUGCCGAUGUCGUACGACGAGAAGCGGCAGCUGAGCCUGGACAUCAACCGCCUGCCUGGGGAGAAGCUGGGCCGGGUCGUCCACAUCAUCCAGUCCAGGGAGCCGUCGCUGAGGGACUCGAACCCCGACGAGAUCGAGAUCGACUUCGAGACGCUCAAACCCUCCACGCUGCGCGAGCUGGAGCGCUACGUCAAGUCCUGCCUGCAGAAGAAGCAGAGGAAGCUGCUGCAAAAGGCAGCUGGGGGCGGGGCUUCUGGGGGCGGGGCCAGCCGCCUGAGCGGUAGCUCCUCUUCCUCGUCUGACGACAGCUCCUCGACAGGCUCCUCCUCUUCCUCCGACACAGACUGAGAACACGGUUCAAUUCAGACAGGACUGCUGCCACACACACACACUGACACACACACACACACACUGACACACACACACACACUGACACACACACACUGACACACACACACACACACGUGGAGACUGUAUGUAAAUAGGCCGACAUGUUUUUUAGCUCCUAGUGUUCCUGUUUUCAGUGGAGAAACACAGGACAGGCUGAGGAAGAGGAGGAGGAAGACUGGAGGACACCUGGGCAUCCUCCUCCUCCUCGUCUUCCUCCAGAUUGGCCGGCAGUGACCCCUGACCUCUGAACACAUUCCAGAGUCAUCCGUCAAGCAUCAUGGGAGAUAUGGAUGGGAAGUGGGUGGGGCUACCAGAGGAAGAGGAGCAGCUAUCCGAUUGGCUGGUCAUGGGGCUGGGCCAGCAGAACCCCCUGGUUCUGAAGGACCCGUGGUGCAGCGGCGGUUCUGGGCCAGCAGAACCCCCUGGUUCUGAAGGACCCGUGGUGCAGCGGCGGUUCUGGGCCAGCAGAACCCCCUGGUUCUGAAGGACCCGUGGUGCAGCGGCGGUUCUGGGCCAGCAGAACCCCCUGGUUCUGAAGGACCCGUGGUGCAGCGGCGGUUCUGGGCCAGCAGAACCCCCUGGUUCUGAAGGACCCGUGGUGCAGCGGCGGUUCUGGGCCAGCAGAACCCCCUGGUUCUGAAGGACCCGUGGUGCAGUGGCGGUUCUGGGCCAGCGGGCGGCGCUGCAGGAGAAGCUCGUCUCUCUCCAACCCUUCUGGUCCUGGGGCUUCACGGUUCUCCUGAGCGGAACCAGAUCCAGUUGGUUCUCCGGCGGGCCUCUCAGCAGAACCGGUCCGGGCGCCGCCGUCGCCACGGUAACCCAAUGAGGCAGAUUCCUGACACUACAUUUUCUUUUUCCUCCUGUUUGGGUUUUCCCGUCGUGUUCUGACCCGUUUGUGUCUUCUAAAGUUCUCAGUAUAUGAUGUUUGUGCCGCUGUCCGGUCCGAACUCUGAACCCUCUCCGUCCGGGUCCAGAACCGCUGGAGGCCUGGUCCGAUCCUUGCCCCAGAGACUAAAGGUUCUGAUCCGACCCGAGGAGCUUCUCAAUGUUUUUAACAGAUCAGACGGGAUGUGGUACCGGUUCUGGUUCUGGCGUAAGCAGCUCAUGAACCGGACUCUGGGUCGGCGCCAGGUCACAGGAAGGAGAAGGAUCCGCCUUCUGCUGCACACGUGACAGAACUGAUCACGUAGAGUGACAGCCAAUCAGGAAGGAGAUGGGCGGGAGUUCCUGUGGGCCCCGAGUCUCUGAUUGGCUGAGCCCUGCAGCGCCCUCUGCUGCCCGUCUGUGUACAGUUCAUUUGGAUUUUUAUUUGUUUUUAAAAUAUUGAACCAAAGUUCGCCGCCUUCCUCUGCAGUGUGGUCGUCAUGGAGACGGAUCAGCGCCCCCAGUGGACAGCCCGUUGCCACGGUAACCCCUUUGGAUUGUAGUUGAUGGUGGAGCUUCGAUGCUGAUAGUUAAUUUUUGUAUUUUAUAAGAAAAAGAAAGAAAAAAGUGAUUUUAUGUAUCUGCAUGCACUCCGGCCGUACGUUACUUCUGUAUGUUUGAGCACUGUAUAGUAGCUGUAAGUAGCUGUGUGGUAGACGGAGACCAGAACCGGGUCGGAGCAGAACCCAGCAGAGGAGGAACCGACUAAAACCAUCAAGUGGAUUAAUAAUUGAUGUAAUUACUCAAACGGGAUCCUUAUUUUCUGACUUCAUUUGUUUUCAUAAAUAAACACAUAAACUGACCAACAAA